CUGUACAUUUGGUGCAUAAAAGCCCACGACUUUGAGGACCCUUUUCUCCCUCCUUCCCUCUCAAUCAAUCUUUCCAUGGAUUCCUUCCUGCAAUUGCUCAUCACCCCCCUCUCUUCUUGGUAUUUGCACUCCCCAGAUAAAAAUUUCUCACUGUGAUUAGAAGAAUACUGGAGCUGCUUCAGAUAUGGAUGCUUCCUUCUUAGAGGAUAUCUUGGAUCCAGAAAAGUGCAGUAAGCUGGGAAUGGAGGAGAAGCGCGAACUUGUUUACAAAGUGUCAAAAAUGUCAAACUUUUCUCCUGAAAUGCUGCAAUCUUGGACUCGUCAAGAUAUUCUGGAAAUACUCUGCGCAGAGAUGGGCAAGGAAAGGAAAUACACAGGCCUCACAAAGUUGAAAAUCAUAGAGAACCUUCUGAGGAUUGUCGCGGAGAAGAAGAAAUCGCCCAAGAAUGGAGUUUCCAGUAAUAGCUCCCCAGAUAAGGACCAAAGGAGUUUCAAGCGGCAGAGGAAAUCCGAUCACCCAAAUCACUUCCUAGAUGCAACAACUGAUGAUGCACCAGUUACCAAUGCCACUAACAGUAAUAUCACAUACUGCAAGAAUCUGGCUUGCCGAGCAAGAUUAACCAGCGAAUAUUCUUUUUGCAAGAGAUGUUCGUGUUGCAUUUGUCGCGCAUAUGAUGAUAACAAGGACCCAAGCUUGUGGUUGGUUUGCAAUUCGGAGCCGCCUUUCCAAGGUGAGUCUUGUGGGAUGUCAUGCCACCUUGAGUGUGCCAUUAGACAUGAAAGAUCUGGGAUUGUGGUGAAGGAUAGAACAGAUGGAGGAAUCAAUGGAAGCUUUUAUUGCGUCGCUUGUGGAAAAACUAACGAUAUUCUCAGUUCUUUGAGGAAGCAACUAGUGACAGCAAGAGAUACAAGACGAGUGGACAUAUUAUGCUACAGAAUUUCUCUGAGCCAAAAGAUUCUGGGGGAGGCCAAAAGCUGUAAUGGGCUGUGCAGUAUAAUGGACGAAGCCGUGGGGAAGCUGGAGGAAGAAGUGGGCCCGUUAACCGGUUCGCCAGUGAAGACUGCGAGGGGCAUCGUGAACCGGCUUUCUUCCGGUCCGGAGGUUCAGAGUCUCUGCGGUUUGGCUGUUGAUUAUUUGGACUCCAUGCUUUCGGAGAGAGUACCUAAAGUGGAAGCUGAUCCCAUUUUGCAAGGCUAUCCAUUGGAGACAAAUAAAAAGGUUCUUGCAAAUUCUAUUCUGGCCGCUCCAGAACUGAUACGAUUCGAAGACGUGUCCGCCUCGUCCGCCACCGUCGUCCUCGCCUCCGAGGAGUCGACGUCCGGCAACGUCGUCGGCUACACUCUGUGGCACCGGAAGCGCAGCGACCCGGAAUAUCCGGCGGACCCCACCUGCACCCUGUUCGCCCCGAACACCACAUUUGUAAUUCCGGGGCUGAACCCAAACACGGAAUACCUCCUGAAAGUCGUCUCCCUCGACAGCAAGAAAGAGCUCGGAGUUCGCGAGAUCGGGUUCCAGACCGGCGAAGAAGAAGAAGAAGAAGAUGGAAAUGGGCUUUCAAACCGGAACGAAGAAGUGGAGGAGGAAGAAGCCCGUAUAAGUCCAGGCCCAGAAAUAAGCCCGUCUUGUUACACCACCGAUAACGGAUCGAACUCGCAGCCCGAAACCAACUCGGGCCUGCCCAUCACGCCUUACAAGACCGAGAGCAGAUUCCAGCCCAACAAUGAGGAAGAGGAAGAGGUAGAAGAGGAGGCGGGCCCACCCGGGACCACCUCGAAGAAGAGAAUCGUCGGCGGCGGCGAUAAAGAAGAAGAUGACGGCGGCGAUGAUGUCAUGGGCGGAGGGGAGAAGGGUUUCGAGUACUACGUGAAAGUGAUCAGAUGGCUGGAGUGCAGCGGGCGAAUCGGGACGGGAUUCAGGGAGAAGUUCUUGACGUGGUACAGCCUGAGGGCGUCGCCGCAGGAGGUUCGGGUCGUGAAGGCGUUUGUGGAUACUUUGAUCGAUGACCCGGACUCGCUGGCGGGUCAGCUGGUCCAUAGCUUUUCGGAUCUCAUUUCCAACACCCCUUCUUCUUCUUCUGUGGUGCCUUCUGGGUUUUGUCUUAGGCUUUGGCAUUGACCCGGCGGUGGGUGGCCGACUCAUCGCCGCCGUCCGAUGUGGCGGCAGCAGGCCGUAUUUACAUAUAUCUAUAGGUAUUUGCUUUUUUCUUCGAAUUCUAGAAUACUUGGUAAAAUAUUUGGUGAGUCAUCAACAAAUGAUUUAUUGUGAGAAAGAAAGAAUCGUUUGAUUUACAUCGUCAAUUCUUUUUUUAUACAAAUUUAUAUCGCACAAUUUCACCACUUAAAGUAUGUGUAAAACGCAAACGGAAAGAUUAAAUAGUCAUAGGGUUU